AUGACACGUCAGCACAUUCGAUGCUCACGUGGAGCCUGCCCCGGCGGAGGAGAGAGAGGACUCGGGUGA